AUGGCUACCAGUGGCAGAAUUUGGGGAGAUCUGGUGAUUUCCUCAGUUGGCACUCACCCAAGCCUCCCGCAAGCACAAAUCAAGGCCCUUAUCACCAAUACAACUGCCAAAUUUCAGGCGGCUGUGGGAUCCAAUUGCACGCAUUUAGUCGCUACUGCAGAGAGCGUGGAUAAUUUCGCCUCGAAAUACAUGAAGGCCAUCACUCUCCCGGAGUGCAAGGUUGUUUCUUUGAAGUGGCUUCUGGAUUCCUGCGCUCAGGGAGCGCCUCUAAAUGAAGAAGAUUACCUUCUCGGCACCAGUCAAAAAUGGGCCCGCGUUGAUGGAGAUACGAAUGAUGAAAAUGACAACCCUACGGCCCAGAGUGCAUCAGUCCAGGCUGCUCCAGCAUCAGAUGCUCCGUUGAGCGCUCGUAUGGCUCGUGUGUCUACUAGAAUCGCCACAGCAGCUGUCAAAGCUGAACAGGCCGUUACAUCCGAAUCAGUUGUUGCAGCUGAAACACUCGAAGAAAAGGGUAGAAAGCGUCCGAUGAAACAACAAGAUCCGGAAGAUUCGGAAGACGAGGCUCAAGAGACAAAGAAGCAGAAGAAUUCCCAGAAGGCUACCUCAAAGACUUUGAAUAUCCCAGUAGAUCCAACUUUCUUUUCCGCAGUUCGCGCCAUCCAAUCUCCCAAGGUGUACGUUGACUCUGACGGCCUGAUUUGGGAUGCUGCACUGAACCAAACAUCGGCCACCAAAAACAAUAACAAGUUUUACUGUGUGCAGCUUCUGUUUGAAGAAAGCACAGACCUGUAUUAUGCGUUCACCCACUGGGGCCGUGUUGGAGAAGUGGGAUCUUCUGCUCUCCUCGGAGACGGAGAUCUCAAGUCCGCGACAGCGCUAUUCGAGAGGAAGUUCAAGGACAAAUCAGGUUUGCAAUGGCAAAGCCGCCUCGACACUCCGAAGAAUGGAAAGUACGCCUUCAUCGAGAGAGAUUACGAAGAUGACGAGGAAAAAGACGGCAAAGUUGAGAAAGUUGAGAAAGGCGUGAAAGAGGAGAUUAAAGAUGAGCCGACGGAGAUGCCGAGUCUUUUGGCCCAUCCCAUCCAAAACCUUAUGGAUUUCGUCUUUAACCAGGACCAUUUCCAGUCCGCCCUCGCUUCGAUGAACUAUGAUGCUCAAAAGCUGCCUUUGGGCAAGCUCAGUCAACGAACUCUCUUGAGUGGCUUCUCGGUCUUGAAGGAGCUGUCAGAGCUCAUUGAUUCUCCCGAAUUGGCUGCAUCAGAUUACGGAGCUGAUUACAAGAGUGUUACGGAACAGCUCAGUAAUCGCUUUUUUACCAUCAUUCCUCACGUCUUCGGCCGUAACAGACCUCCCGUUCUGGCAUCACAUGCUCAAAUUAAGGUGGAAAUUGAGGUUUUGGAGAAUCUGACGGACAUGGAGCUAUCCAAUGAGAUUAUGAAAGACUCCAAGAAAUCCGGCAUCAAUCACCGUGAUCGUCAAUUCCAGAGUUUGGGCAUGGAGGAAAUGACUCCAUUGGAACAUAAUUCGAAAGAAUUCAUCGAACUGGAAAAUUAUCUUACCGGGUCGCGUGGAACCAGUCAUAACCUUCAAUAUCAGGUCCUCGAAAUCUUCCGCAUUGAACGAAAGGGCGAAGAGGAGCGAUUCCAAGCAUCCCCCUACGCUAAUGUUGAGUCCAGCGACCGCCGCCUUCUCUGGCACGGCUCUCGAAGCACUAACUUCGGUGGAAUCCUCAGCCAAGGUCUUCGCAUUGCGCCCCCGGAAGCCCCUGUCAACGGCUACAUGUUCGGAAAGGGCGUCUACCUAGCCGACGCAUCCAGCAAAUCGGCCAACUACUGCAACCCAUACCAGAGUGGCAAUAAGGGGUUACUACUAUUGUGUGAGGCGGAGCUUGGAACCCCAAUGUUCGAGCUUUACUCAGCCGACUACAACGCCGGUGAGAAUGCCAAAGCGGAAGAGAAGAUUGCUACACUUGGCAAGGGUCGAUUCAUUCCUGGAAAUUGGAAAGAUGCGAAGUGCAUCAACCGCUCACUGCGUGGUGUAAAAAUCCCUGACGUUGAUACGCCAGUCGGAGAAGAUUCCCAGGCAGGUCUCUGGUACAACGAGUACAUCAUCUACGACGUUGCUCAGAUUCGUCAGCGCUAUCUGUUUUACGUCAAGAUGUAA